AUGGGCCAGGGCGAUGAGAGCGAUCGCAUCGUGAUCAACGUGGGAGGCACUAGGCACCAGACUUACCGCAGCACCCUGCGCACCCUGCCUGGCACUCGGCUGGCCUGGAUUGCUGAGCCCGAUGCCCACAGCCACUUCGACUAUGACCCCCGUACAGAUGAGUUUUUCUUUGAUCGGCACCCAGGGGUCUUCGCCCACAUCCUGAACUACUACCGCACGGGCAAGCUACACUGCCCAGCAGACGUGUGUGGGCCUCUGUAUGAGGAGGAGUUGGCCUUCUGGGGCAUUGAUGAAACCGAUGUGGAGCCCUGCUGUUGGAUGACCUACCGGCAGCACCGUGACGCUGAGGAGGCUCUUGACAGUUUUGGUGGAGCGCCCCUGGAUAGCAGUGCUGAGGAUGGAGAUGUAGAUGGCACUGGAGACUCUGGUGAUGGCGAGGAGGAGCUGGAGAUGACUAAACGCCUGGCACUCAGUGACUCGCCAGAUGGCAGAUCGGGGGGCUUCUGGAGACGGUGGCAGCCCCGUAUCUGGGCACUCUUUGAGGAUCCAUAUUCCUCCAGAUAUGCAAGGUAUGUGGCAUUUGCCUCCCUCUUCUUCAUUCUGGUCUCCAUCACCACUUUUUGCCUCGAGACCCAUGAGAGAUUUAACCCCAUCGUGAACAAGACAGAAACCGAAUUCAUUGGAAACGACACCCAGAUCCGACACUACAGGGAAGCAGAAACUGAGGCCUUUCUGACCUACAUUGAAGGUGUCUGUGUGGUGUGGUUUACAUUUGAGUUCCUAAUGAGAGUGACGUUCUGCCCAAACAAGGUGGAAUUUAUCAAAAACUCUUUGAACAUCAUUGACUUUGUGGCCAUUCUGCCUUUCUAUUUGGAGGUUGGACUAAGUGGCCUGUCUUCCAAAGCUGCUAAGGAUGUCUUGGGCUUCCUACGAGUAGUCCGUUUCGUGCGAAUUCUGCGAAUUUUCAAGCUGACUCGCCAUUUCGUGGGGUUGCGGGUCCUGGGACAUACCCUCCGUGCCAGCACAAAUGAAUUCUUGCUGCUCAUCAUAUUUUUGGCAUUGGGCGUCUUAAUCUUUGCCACGAUGAUCUACUAUGCUGAGAGAAUAGGUGCUAAACCCAAUGAUCCUAGUGCCAGUGAACACACACACUUUAAAAAUAUCCCCAUCGGCUUCUGGUGGGCUGUUGUCACCAUGACUACCCUGGGCUACGGAGACAUGUAUCCUCAGACUUGGUCAGGCAUGCUGGUGGGGGCUCUCUGUGCUCUUGCAGGCGUGCUGACCAUUGCCAUGCCUGUCCCCGUCAUUGUGAACAAUUUUGGAAUGUAUUACUCCUUAGCUAUGGCUAAGCAGAAGCUACCAAAGAAAAAAAAGAAGCAUAUCCCGAGGCCACCCCAGCUGGGAUCCCCCAAUUAUUGUAAAUCUGUCGUAAACUCUCCACACCACAGUACUCAGAGCGACACAUGCCCACUGGCCCAAGAAGAAAUUUUAGAAAUUAACAGAGCAGGUAGGAAACCUCUUAGAGGAAUGUCCAUCUGACCUUUAACCUCCACCCCUUGUAGAGAUUU